AUUCCCCGUGUAGAUCGUCUAGGCUGCGGCCCCAAAUUUUCAGACGACAAUACCACAUACGAAUUCUCGCCCCACGGAAUUCUUUCACUGCUCUGCGCUUUAGUCUCUCUGUUCGUGCGGUGGCGGUUAGUACAUAUGUAUGUACUCUUUUGGGCAAGGUCAGACAAGGUCUUUGACAUAGAAAAACGUACAUUUUACGCCGGAUUCGAUUGCGAGAAGAAAGUGAACAGGAACAAUGGCACAAGUGCGACAACUGUUACAAGUGGGUGGCCCACUUUUAGGACGUGGUCUGGCCAAUGCCGGUGGUGCAUCGACGGCCACCGCAGCGAAAAAGAACCACAAACGGUGGCAGAGCUCCUCGAUUAGUGCUGGAGAUUACGAUCUGGUUGUGGUCGGCGGCGGUAUUGUGGGAGCGGCUUCUGCCAGAGAGAUUCUUCUGCGGCAUCCCUCGCUGAAGGUGGCCAUUCUGGAGAAGGAGCCCAAGCUGGCCUUCCAUCAGAGUGGACACAACUCGGGAGUCAUUCAUGCCGGCAUCUACUAUAAGCCAGGCACUCUGAAGGCGCGUCUCUGUGUGGAGGGACUGCAUUUGGCAUACAAGUAUUUGGAUGACCACAAGAUUCCGUACAAAAAAAGCGGCAAACUGAUAGUGGCCACUGAUGAGAAGGAAGUCAAGCUUCUGGAGGAUCUUCAGCAGCGUGGCAUUGCCAACAAAGUGCCCGAUCUUAAGAUGAUAGAGGGGGAUGCCAUCCGGGAGAUUGAGCCUUUCUGCAAGGGCAUCAAGGCUCUCCACAGUCCACACACUGGUAUCGUGGACUGGGCUUUGGUCACGGAGCACUAUGGCGAGGACUUUAAGCAUGCAGGGGGUCGGAUUUAUCUGGACUACAAUGUGACAAGGUUCAGCGAAACAAAAGAAGGAAGCGCCGACUAUCCAGUGACCAUCCAUGGAUCGAGGCCGGGUCAAAUAGUGCGCACCAAGAAUGUUCUCACCUGCGGUGGCCUUCAGUCCGAUUUGCUGGCUGAGAAGACUGGCUGCCCCAAGGAUCCUCGCAUUGUGCCCUUCCGCGGAGAAUACCUGCUGCUGUCCAAGGAGAAACAGCACAUGGUAAAGGGUAACAUCUACCCGGUGCCAGAUCCACGAUUCCCCUUCCUGGGCGUGCACUUUACUCCGCGAAUGGAUGGCUCCAUUUGGCUGGGACCCAACGCUGUGUUGGCUCUGAAGCGGGAGGGUUACACCUGGGGCGACAUCAACCUCUUUGAGCUGUUCGAUGCCCUGCGCUAUCCCGGCUUCAUGAAGAUGGCCAGCAAAUACAUUGGCUUUGGCCUCAGCGAGAUGUCCAAAUCGGCCUUCAUCAAUCUGCAGAUCAAGGCCUUGCAAAAGUACAUCCCCGACAUCACCGAAUACGACAUCCAACGUGGUCCGGCGGGUGUGCGUGCCCAGGCCAUGGAUCUGCAGGGUAAUCUGGUCGACGAUUUUGUCUUUGAUCGGGGCGUAGGAUCGGGUGCUUUGGCCAAGCGCGUCUUGCAUUGCCGUAAUGCUCCAUCGCCGGGUGCCACCAGCAGUUUGGCCAUAGCCAAAAUGAUUGCUGAUAAGAUUGAGGGGGAAUUUUCUAUUGGCAAGUGAGACGAUGAUGAUAAGAAAUAUGUUUGUUAAUUUGAUCUUAAGCAUUGCUCUUGCAUUUAAAAGUUAUUUUAUUUUAUAAAACCUUUAAUUCAGUUCCAAAA